AUGGACGGGGGUAGCAGCAUCAACAUCCUAUAUGUUGAGACCCUCGACACCAUGGGCAUCUUGCGGUCCAAGCUCCGAACAUCCGUCUUCCCCUUCCUUGGGAUCAUCCCAGGCUUGAGGGCAUACCCCCUGGGGAAUAUAGAGCUGUCGAUCAUGUUCGGUAGUGGAUUUGAGGGAUCGUACUACGCCAUCCUCGGGCGUCCGUGCUACGCCAAAUUCAUGGCGGUUCCCAACUACACCUACCUCAAGCUGAAGAUGUCGGGGCUGAACGAUGUCAUCACACUCAGCGGCUCUUUCGAGCAGGCGUACGCCUGCUGUCGUGAGCACUUCAAGCUUGCCACCGCCAUCGCCAACUCCGCCGAGCUCCAAAAGCUUCGUCGGAUGGUGAAGGAGAGCACCCCUGACACCAACGAGCCGACUUCGUCCAGCGCAUUCUGCCCGACCGAGGACACCAAGGUGAUCGGUGUUGACCCCAACGACCCGACCAAGGCCGUGCUAGAGUUUGGAGAGUAA